AUGAAUAUGGAAAACGAUUUGAAGGAAGAACUGAAUAGAAGGAUGAGAGCAGUGUGGGCAGAAUUCGCACCUGUCAGCUACGGACCACCUGAUGGACCAAGAUCUUUCUGGCCAUCUGUUCGACUCGACAGUUCCUCCAGCGCUUUGUUACACAGCGGAGACCUGAGAGCUCAGCUGGAUACGGCUCAUGGAUCUCGUCAACGCCACUCACGAAACUUGAGGACAUCUUGGAUGACAAUGGCGAGGAAACGAGGGAACAAAACGAGUGGAAGAGAUGCUGGGGCUCGUACAUCCAGUGAAUACGGGCCAUCUAAGUAUUUUGUGUUAGAUUGUUUUGUUGGUGUUCGACUGAUUGUUGAUGCUAUAAAUCGUCCUGACAAGUACGAAAACUAUCUUGCAGAUUCAUAUGCGAGGGGUGUUGAGAGGGUGGCGUCGUUGCUUUUCGGUCAGUCCGAUGACGUCGCACUUAAUCUUCUUCGCUUGCAUAAUCAGUAUUCGAUGGCCGCUUUCGAUGCAAGCGUACGUGCGUUAUAA